AUGCCUCAGAUCACCGCCCUUCUCUUCGACUGCGACAACACCCUCGUCCUCUCCGAGGAGCUCGCCUUCGAGGCAUGCGCCGACCUCAUCAACGAGAUCUGCGAGGGCCGCAAGAUCGACCAGCGCUUUACCGGCGAGAGCCUGAUCACGGAGUUCGUCGGUCAGAACUUCCGCGGCAUGAUGCUCGGCCUGUCCAAGCUGUACGGCUUUGAGAUGCCCGCUGACGAGCUCGAGACGUACGUCCGCCGCGAGGAGGACGCCGUCAUCGCCAAGCUUAAGGCCGCGCUGAAGCCCUGCCCCGGCGUCGACGACCAGCUCGAGCGCCUGCAGAAGGAGGGCAAGUACAAGCUCUCCGUUGUCUCGUCCUCCGCCAAGCGCCGCGUGUGGGCCUCCGUCGUCAAGGUCGGCCAGGACAAGUACUUCAAGGAGGAGGAGGUCUUCAGCGCCGCCACGUCGCUGCCCACACCUACGAGCAAGCCCGACCCGGCCAUCUACCUGCACGCCAUGGAGAAGCUCGGCAAGAAGCCCGAGGAGUGCGUCGCCAUCGAGGACUCCAAGAGCGGCACGCUCAGCGGCACCCGCGCUGGUAUCAAGGUUAUUGGGUACGUCGGCCCGUACGCCGACGACAAGAAGGCCGAGAUGGAGAAGGUACUAAGGGAUGCCGGUGCCGUGAUCAUCAUGAAGGACUGGAGCGAGUUCCCUGACAUCCUGGCCAAGAUUGAAAACGGGAGUGUCUGA